AUGCGUCCCGAAAUUGAACAAGAACUGGCCCACACCUUACUGGUAGAGCUUCUGGCCUACCAAUUCGCGUCUCCAGUAAGGUGGAUCGAGACACAAGAUGUUGUACUAGCGGAGAAGCGCACAGAACGUAUCGUGGAAAUUGGUCCAGCAGACACUCUGGGUGGAAUGGCGAGAAGGACCCUUGCCUCUAAAUAUGAAGCUUAUGAUGCCGCCACGUCCGUGCAGCGUCAAAUUCUCUGCUACAACAAGGAUGCAAAGGAGAUCUAUUACGACGUUGAUCCCGUGGAAGACGAACCUGAGUCCACACCCGAAGCCGCGGCCGCUCCGGCGGCGUCCGCCGCCCCCCCGGCCGCUGCGGCUGCAGCUCCUGUGGCUUCCGCGGCGAGCGCUGGCCCAGCUGCGCCGGUUGAAGAUGCGCCGGUGACUGCUUUGGAUGUAGUUAGAACACUGGUUGCUCAGAAGCUGAAAAAGGCUCUAUCAGAUGUGCCCUUGAACAAAGCUAUCAAAGAUCUGGUUGGAGGCAAAUCUACGCUGCAAAAUGAAAUUCUCGGAGACUUGGGCAAAGAAUUCGGUUCCACACCUGAAAAGCCGGAAGACACUCCUCUAGAUGAAUUAGGUGCCUCGAUGCAAGCCACAUUCAAUGGGCAAUUGGGCAAGCAAUCUUCCUCGCUCAUUGCGCGACUAGUAUCCUCUAAAAUGCCUGGAGGUUUCAAUAUCACGGCCGUCCGCAAAUACUUGGAGACAAGAUGGGGUCUAGGAUCCGGCCGUCAGGACGGCGUUCUCCUCCUCGCCCUUACCAUGGAGCCCGCUUCUCGUAUUGGUUCCGAGCCAGACGCCAAAGCUUUCCUAGACGAUGUCGCGAAUAAGUACGCUGCCAACUCGGGCAUCAGCCUUUCUGCGCCCACAGCUUCUGGGGAGGGUGGUGCAGGUGCUGGAGGAAUGCUCAUGGACCCGGCUGCUAUUGAUGCUCUGACAAAAGACCAACGUGCUCUGUUCAAACAACAACUCGAGAUCAUCGCCCGGUACCUGAAAAUGGAUCUUCGAGAUGGUCAAAAAGCCUUUGUUGCCUCACAGGAAACCCAGAAGACUCUCCAGGCGCAGCUUGACCUGUGGCAGGCAGAGCACGGUGAUUUCUAUGCCUCGGGCAUUGAACCGGCCUUUGACUAUCUGAAAGCUCGUGUUUACGACUCUUCUUGGAACUGGGCGCGUCAAGACGCUUUGAGCAUGUAUUACGACAUCAUUUUUGGAAGACUCAAGGCCGUAGAUCGCGAAAUCGUCAGUCAAUGCAUCCGCAUCAUGAACCGCUCGAACCCGCUGCUUCUCGAAUUCAUGCAAUAUCACAUCGACAACUGCCCAACCGAGCGUGGUGAGACCUAUCAGCUCGCCAAGGAACUCGGUGAGCAGCUCAUCGAGAACUGCAAGGAAGUUCUAGGUGUUUCACCCGUUUACAAAGAUGUCGCUGUUCCAACUGGACCUCAGACCACGAUCGAUGCCCGUGGAAACAUUGAAUACCAAGAGGUCCCGCGUGCUAGUGCUCGCAAAUUAGAGCACUAUGUUAAGCAAAUGGCGGAAGGUGGUCCGAUCUCAGAAUAUAGCAACAGGGCUAAGGUCCAGAACGAUCUAAAAAGCGUUUACAAAUUGAUUCGCCGACAACACCGGUUGUCCAAGUCUUCGCAAUUGCAGUUCAACACCCUUUAUAAAGAGGUCGUCCGGGCUCUCAGUAUGAACGAAAACCAGAUCAUGCAGGAGACCCCCCGUAGGGCUGAGAACCGGCUUGUGCGCAAUGGAAGCCCUCGCGCUGGGAAAGUUGAAACGAUUCCCUUCCUGCACCUCAAGAAGAAGAACGAGCACGGUUGGGAUUAUAGCAAGAAGCUCACUGGUAUCUAUUUAGAUGUACUAGAGUCUGCUGCCCGGUCCGGUUUGACCUUCCACGGCAAGAAUGUUUUGAUGACCGGUGCUGGUGCGGGCUCUAUCGGAGCGGAGGUUCUUCAAGGGUUGAUCAGUGGUGGCGCGAAGGUCAUUGUGACAACCAGUCGGUACUCGCGCGAAGUAACGGAAUACUACCAAGCCAUGUAUGCCAGAUAUGGUGCACGUGGCUCGCAGCUCGUUGUGGUGCCUUUUAAUCAAGGCAGCAAGCAAGAUGUAGAGGCGUUGGUUGAUUAUGUCUACAAAAGGCUUGGUUGGGAUCUGGACUUCAUCGUUCCGUUUGCUGCGAUUCCGGAGAACGGCCGCGAGAUCGAUUCUAUUGACUCGAAGUCGGAGCUCGCCCAUCGCAUCAUGCUGACCAACCUUCUCAGGCUUCUGGGAAGUGUGAAGACUCAGAAACAGGUUAAUGGUUUCGAGACGCGCCCAGCUCAGGUCAUUCUUCCGCUCUCUCCCAACCAUGGUACUUUUGGAAACGAUGGUCUAUAUUCCGAAUCGAAGCUCGCACUCGAAACACUCUUUAACCGUUGGUACUCUGAGAAUUGGAGCAAUUACCUCACCAUCUGUGGUGCCGUCAUUGGAUGGACCCGCGGUACUGGCUUGAUGAGCGGUAACAACAUGGUUGCCGAGGGCGUUGAGAAACUUGGCGUUCGUACGUUCUCGCAGCAGGAGAUGGCUUUCAACCUGCUUGGCCUCAUGGCACCCGCAAUCGUGAACCUUUGUCAACUUGAUCCUGUCUGGGCAGACCUAAAUGGUGGGCUGCAGUUCAUUCCUGACUUGAAAGACCUCAUGACCAGGCUCCGGACGGAGAUCAUGGAGACGAGCGACGUCCGCAGGGCUGUCAUCAAAGAAACUGCCAUUGAGAACAAGGUCGUGAAUGGGGAAGACAGUGAAGUUCUCUACAAGAAGGUCAUUGCAGAGCCUCGCGCGAACAUCAAGUUCCAGUUUCCCAAUUUGCCAACCUGGGAUGAGGACAUCAAGCCCCACAACGAGACCCUUAAGGGAAUGGUCAAUUUGGACAAAGUUGUUGUUGUCACUGGGUUUUCCGAAGUCGGGCCCUGGGGUAACUCUCGCACUCGUUGGGAAAUGGAAGCCAACGGCAAGUUUUCCCUGGAGGGUUGCGUGGAAAUGGCUUGGAUCAUGGGUCUCAUUAAGCACCACAAUGGGCCUAUCAAGGGCAAGGCUUACUCCGGCUGGGUCGAUGCCAAGACUAGUGAGCCUGUAGAUGACAAGGAUGUCAAAGCGAAAUAUGAAAAAUACAUCCUUGAUCAUUCUGGUAUCCGUCUGAUCGAGCCGGAGCUCUUCAAGGGAUACGAUCCCAAGAAGAAGCAAAUGCUCCAGGAGAUUGUCAUCGAGGAGAAUCUCGAGCCAUUCGAAGCUUCGAAGGAAACCGCUGAGGAAUUCAAGCGGGAGCAUAGCGACAAGGUGGAAAUUUUUGAACUCGAAUCUGGCGAGUAUACUGUCCGUCUGAAGAAGGGUGCCACUCUUCUCAUUCCCAAGGCGCUUCAGUUCGACCGGUUAGUUGCCGGCCAGAUCCCCACCGGCUGGGAUGCAAAGAGAUAUGGUAUUCCUGAUGAUAUCAUUGAACAAGUUGAUCCGGUGACACUUUUUGUCCUUGUCUGCACUGCUGAAACCAUGCUCUCUUCCGGUGUUACCGAUCCCUAUGAAUUUUACAAGUACGUCCAUCUAUCCGAGGUCGGAAACUGCAUUGGAUCCGGUAUUGGAGGUACGCAUGCUCUGCGAGGCAUGUACAAGGAUCGGUAUCUCGACAAACCUCUGCAAAAGGACAUUCUUCAGGAAUCCUUUAUCAACACGAUGAGUGCUUGGGUGAACAUGUUACUCUUGUCCUCUACAGGCCCCAUCAAAACCCCUGUUGGUGCUUGUGCUACCGCUGUGGAGUCCGUCGACAUUGGCUACGAGACAAUUGUGGAAGGCAAGGCGCGAGUUUGUUUCGUCGGUGGAUUCGACGAUUUCCAGGAAGAGGGUUCUUAUGAAUUCGCGAACAUGAAGGCUACCAGCAAUGCUGAGGAUGAGUUCGCACACGGCCGUACCCCCCAGGAAAUGUCAAGACCCACAACCACCACACGUGCAGGCUUUAUGGAAUCUCAAGGUUGUGGUAUGCAACUUAUUAUGAGUGCCCAGCUUGCUCUUGACAUGGGUGUGCCCAUCUACGGAAUUAUCGCCUUAACGACGACUGCCACUGACAAGAUUGGUCGUUCUGUGCCCGCACCUGGUCAAGGUGUCCUAACAACCGCGCGCGAGAACCCUGGCAAGUUCCCGUCACCCUUACUCGACAUCAAGUACCGCCGCAGACAGCUCGAAAUGCGCAAGAAGCAGAUUAGAGAAUGGCAGGAGUCAGAAUUGUUAUACCUUCAGGAGGAGGCCGAUGCGAUGAAAGCCCAGAGCCCUGCGGAAUUUGAUGCGACUGAGUACAUGCAGGAACGAGCUCACCAUAUCAACCGUGAGGCCAUCCGACAGGAGAAGGAUGCGCAAUUCAGCCUUGGCAACAACUUCUGGAAACAAGACUCGCGUAUUGCUCCUUUGCGUGGCGCUCUGGCCACAUGGGGUCUUACUGUGGAUGAUAUUGGCGUUGCCUCGUUCCAUGGCACCUCCACUGUCGCGAACGACAAAAACGAAUCGGAUGUUAUUUGUCAACAGAUGAAGCAUCUCGGUCGGAAGAAAGGCAACGCCCUCCUCGGAAUCUUCCAGAAGUACCUCACCGGGCAUCCCAAGGGUGCUGCUGGUGCUUGGAUGUUCAACGGGUGUCUUCAGGUCUUGGACAGCGGCUUGGUUCCGGGCAACCGAAAUGCUGACAACGUUGACAAGGUGAUGGAGAAGUUCGACUACAUUGUUUAUCCCAGUCGCAGCAUCCAGACGGACGGUAUCAAGGCUUUCUCCGUUACUUCGUUUGGUUUCGGUCAAAAGGGCGCUCAGGUCAUUGGUAUCCAUCCUAAGUACCUGUAUGCAACCCUCGAUCGCGCACAAUUCGAAGCCUACAAAGCCAAGGUUGAGACCAGACAAAAGAAGGCCUACCGCUUUUUUCAUAAUGGUUUGGUUAACAACAGUAUUUUCGUCGCCAAAGACAAAGCGCCAUACGAAGACGAUCUCCAGAGCAAGGUUUUCCUCAAUCCCGAUUAUCGUGUGACAGCAGACAAGAAGACUUCCGAGCUCAAGUACUCAGCAGCCCCGGUAGCGGAAAAAGAUGAAAGUACCAAGGCUGUGGUUGAAUCUCUUGCCAAGGCUCACGCCGCCGAAAAUUCGAGAGUCGGCGUCGACGUCGAAACCAUUGACAGCAUCAACAUUUCAAAUGAAACAUUCAUUGAAAGAAACUUCACAUCCAGCGAGCAACGAUACUGCCAAGCUGCCCCAUCUCCUCGAUCAUCCUUUGCGGGAAGAUGGAGCGCGAAGGAGGCUGUCUUCAAGUCCCUGGGUGUCUGCAGUAAAGGUGCCGGGGCUCCCCUGAAAGACAUUGAAAUUGAGAAUGAUUCCAAUGGUGCGCCCACUGUAAAGCUUCAUGGUGUCGCGGCUGAAGCUGCCAAAGAAGCCGGCGUGAAGCAGAUUACUGUCAGCAUCAGCCACAGCGACACACAGGCCGUUGCCGUUGCGAUCUCUCAGUUUUAA